UACCUUUGCGCGUCAGAUCACCACAGCUGAGGCGCACCAGAAUAUGAUCCGCGUCUCUGAGACUUAAAUGCAUCAGUCCUCUCCAGUGUGCUCACUUGAAGACUCUGUGGGGGAUUCCCAUCUGCUGCCUUUUACGCACGAGUAUCCGUGCGCAAUGACGCUCCGGCUAGCGCGCACCUCUCCACAUACCUGAGAGAGCGCACUCGAUUUUACGCAUGAGAAUCACAGCUCGUUUCCAAACCCAACCAUGGGCAACGCGUCGAACCAAACCACGGUGAGCAACGACACCGACCCGUUCGGCAGGAACGAGGACGUGGCCAAAAUGGAAAUCACGGUUUUAAGCGUCACCUUCCUCGUGGCGGUGGUCGGAAAUCUGUGCGUGCUGCUGGCCAUGCACAACACCAAGAAGAAGAGCUCCCGCAUGCACCUGUUCAUCAAGCACCUGAGCCUUGCAGACUUGGUGGUGGCUUUCUUCCAGGUUCUUCCACAGCUCUGCUGGGAGAUCACCUUUAGGUUUUACGGACCUGACUUCCUUUGUAGGAUUGUCAAGCAUCUCCAAGUCCUAGGGAUGUUCGCGUCCACCUAUAUGAUGGUGAUGAUGACACUGGACCGCUACAUAGCCAUAUGCCACCCUCUCAAGACCCUCCAGCAGCCUACGAAGCGCGCCUACAUCAUGAUCGGGUCCACUUGGCUCUGCAGCCUGUUGCUCAGCACCCCUCAAUACUUCAUCUUCUCUCUGAGCGAGAUUCAGAACGGCUCGGACGUGUAUGACUGCUGGGGCCACUUUAUAGAGCCAUGGGGCAUCCGAGCCUACAUUACCUGGAUCACCGUGGGCAUCUUCCUCAUCCCUGUCAUUAUCCUCAUGAUCUGCUAUGGGUUCAUAUGCCACAGUAUCUGGAAGAACUUCAAGUGCAAGACCAAGAAAGGCACCCCGCACAGCACUAAGAACGGGAUGAUUGGAAAGGCGUCUGUUAGUAGCGUCACCGUCAUCUCAAGAGCCAAACUAAGAACAGUGAAGAUGACUUUCGUGAUUGUUUUGGCGUACAUCGUGUGCUGGGCUCCGUUCUUCAUCGUGCAAAUGUGGUCAGUCUGGGAUGAAAACUUCUCCUGGGAUGAUUCUGAAAAUGCAGCGGUGACUCUCUCUGCCCUUCUGGCGAGUCUCAACAGUUGCUGUAACCCGUGGAUCUACAUGCUCUUCAGCGGCCACCUCCUCUAUGACUUCUUAGCCUGUUUCCCCUGCUGGAACAAACCCAGAAACACGUUACACAAAGAGGACUCGGACAGCAGCAUCCGGAGGAACACCCUCCUGACCAAGCUGGCUGCUGUCCGGACCAAAGAUGGGUUCGACCCUUGGAGAGACCCGUGCAACUCCCGAAAAUCCAGUCAGUCUUUAGGGCUAGACAGUUCCCGCAAAUCCAGUCAAUGUUUGCAGCUUGACUGUUCACGCAAAUCAAGCCAGAGCGUUCCAAUGGAGUCCUAGGAGCCAGAUGGGGAUAAAUAAAGAGACAUGAAAAUAAAUAUACACAUAAAUAUAUAUCUACUAAUCUGUUUUAUUAUAUAUAUAUUAUACAUAAAAGUUGUGUGAUGAGAGUCUGCUCAUUUUCUGCUUAUAUAGGUCCUUAUGGUGAAUGAGAUGGUCUGGUUAAUCUACACUGAAUGAGUUCUGAUGACCUAAAAUGUGUUCAUUCUUAUAAAUGAUGCAUUUAUUUUACAGCACAUUAUGUCAUGUUGCACUUUCCAUUUAGGUUAAAGUCUGUGACUUCAGGUUUGUGUUUUACUUGUGUUUAAUAUUGAUGAGAACUUCAGCUUAAUUUCUUAGGCUGACGCGUAUCUUAUUUGUUUACACCGAUAACAUGAAGCUCUUUUUAAAUAGGUGGGAGUAAAAAAAAGUGUAUUGUGAGUGUGUGUACGUGUCAGUGUUACGACUGACUAAACUAAACUUUAUUUCCGCACUGGUGUAUAGCUUGUGCUCUGUCUUGUAUUGGUCGUGCCAAACGUUAACUGAGCAAAACAACUAAAACUGAAACAGCUUGUCUGGUGUUUGGCGAACUGUUUACGCAAAUAUUAAAAAAGUAUG